CAUUGCCUUGGUUUCGAGCGUUACCUCAUAGAGGAGCAGUCAAUGGAGUCAAGCGGUCAGACCAAACAAACAAAGUAUCGGUCAUCUACAGCAAGAUUGUGGACGAAAAGGCUUUGUUACAUCUGUCUCGAGACACAAUGAUCGUUUUCAAGUAGCCCGAUGUCAAAGAGUGCAUUCGUUUUGUAGUUAGUUUCGUUAGCUACUGUGCAUUUGAGGCUCACAGUGCGCACAUUCAGUUUAGCACAUUAUCAUUAGCUAGCUACCCAAGCUAACUGGGUAACGUCAGCUAGCUGUCAGGCUUAUCGAAUUUGAGGCCUAAGCAAACGUCAGUUGCUUAACCAAAAGCAGUUCUGAGGUUGUGCACGUCCGUUUUUGCGAGUCAUGGCCGAGGAGAGUGCUGUCGCAAUGCAACAGAUAGUGGACAGGAGUUGCUGGGUGUGCUUCGCCACAGACGAGGACGACCGCACGGCAGAGUGGGUUCGGCCGUGUCGCUGCCGCGGCUCCACCAAGUGGGUGCACCAGGCCUGCCUGCAGCGCUGGGUGGACGAGAAGCAGCGCGGCAACUCCACGGCACGGGUAGCCUGCCCGCAGUGCAACGCAGAGUACCUCAUCGUUUUCCCUAAACUCGGUCCUGUAGUGUACGUAUUGGACCUGGCUGAUCGUCUCAUCUCUAAGGCCUGCCCCUUCGCAGCCGCCGGCAUCAUGGUGGGAUCCAUCUACUGGACGGCAGUCACCUACGGAGCUGUCACAGUCAUGCAGGUGGUGGGCCACAAAGAGGGCCUGGACGUGAUGGAGAGGGCAGACCCCCUCUUCCUCCUGAUUGGCUUGCCCACCAUCCCCGUCAUGCUUAUCCUGGGCAAGAUGAUUCGCUGGGAGGACUAUGUGCUCCGCCUCUGGAGGAAGUACUCCAGCAAGCUCCACAUCCUCGACAAGAUCUUCCCAGGGAUUGGACGGCCGGUGCCCAGGAUCCCAGCUGAGGCCAGCCCAUUGGCCGAUCACGUGUCGGCCACACGGAUCCUGUGUGGGGCGCUGGUCUUCCCCACCAUCGCCACCAUCGUGGGCAAGCUGAUGUUUAGCAGCGUCAACUCCAACCUCCAGAGGACCAUACUGGGAGGAAUUGCGUUUGUGGCCAUCAAGGGAGCCUUUAAGGUGUACUUCAAGCAGCAGCAGUACCUCCGGCAAGCCCACCGCAGGAUCCUCAACUUCCCAGAGCAGGAGGAGGCCUCGUCGGCCUAAGCAGCAGACGACACCAGAGGGAGUGAGGACCUCCAGCAAGAUGACAUGGCCCUACAGGACAGGACAAGACAGGACAGGAUGGAUGCAAGCAUUGACUGAAGUCUUGUUUGCCUGUCCGCCAGCCUGUCCGUUUGCCUGUAGGCCAUUGAAAGACAUCCUAAAAAAGAUAUGGAUGGACAGACAGAUAGGCAUGACAUGACCAGUCAGGACACUGUGGAUGGAUUGACUUCUCAUUUGCCGCCCGCCCGCCUGUCAGUCUGCCUGUCUGUCUGUCUGUCUGUCUGUCUGCCUGCCUGUUGUCUCUUGAUGGAGACCCUGAAAGAGAGCCGGACGGACAGACAGACACACGCUUAGCUCCAGUGGCCAUGUUUGUUGCCUCCUUUCUUCCAAGUCCCCUUCCCCACACGCACACACAUGAACACUUUCUGCAGGGGUCAUGCCAGCUUUGGACAGAGGCUGCUGGGACAGUGGACAGCAUAAGCCUCCCUGAACUCCAGCAAGAGCACCUAGCAAGCAAGAAAUACAACAGUGGACACUUACAACCGUGCACGCAUGCACGCCACACACACACACGGACACACGCUCACCCCUCUGAAUGUGACGCCCCUUCUGUCGUAUCUUUGGGAUCUUCACCCCCAACCCUCAACCUCCGGGGCCCAAUAGAGCCAAGUCGAUUUGGUUUUGUUUGUUUUGUCGCUUUUAAUAACUUUGUGUUUUAAAGAUUAAUUAUGUACCACAUACGCGGGACAUUUUGUUGUUGUUUUUUAUUGUUAUUAUUAAUUGUACAAAAUAAAUUGGUUGUUUUAAAUAGGUUAAUUAAUUUGUUUUGCAGUGAUCCGAGCUGGAAAUAAUUCCUUCCUAAUUGCGUUUUGAGGAGGAAGUCUUAGGACGACGGAGCCACAUGUGAUGAAAUGGCCAUCUUGUAAAAAUGCAUCCUACUACAGUAGCACUUGACUUCAUAGCACCUUUUACACGUGUUGAAUCAACAACAAAAGGAUAUGAAAUUUGAAGAUGUUCCUUUAUAUAUCAUGGGGGUUUGUGAGGCUCCUAGAAAAGAAUGAUUUGUGAAAAAGAAGAGGAGUAAAAAAAGAAAAAGGAAAAAAAGACAUGAACUAAGCAAGCGUUGUACUAUCACAGUUUAAGCCUCGGGACUGUUGUUCCUCGAUUAUUAAGCUCUGUUUAAAACUGACUUUUAAGCACAUGUUAACAUGAUGAUCAUGAUAAGCAGGCUAAGCAUCUAUUCCAUA